AUGGUAUCUUCAGGCUGGGAACGAAAGGCAGUUCAUGAGAUGCACCUCAGGAGGAUUAUUGACAGCGGUAUUUGUGAGAAUAUGGUUUCCAAGGAGAUGGUAGAUAAGUUGAAUUUACAGUGUGAGAAACAUCCUCACCCUUACCGUAUUGCAUGGUUUAAGAAGGGGAAUAAAGUUAUUGUUGAUAAGAGGUGCCUGAUCAAGUUUUAUAUAGGCAAAACUUACAAAGAUGAGGUUUGGUGUGAUGUCAUCCCAAUGGAUGCAUGCCAUGUAUUAUUGGGGAGGCCUUGGCAAUAUGAUAGAAAGGUCAUGCAUGAUGGGGAAAGGAAUACAUAUACAUUUUGGAAGGAGGGAUCGAAAGUCAUCUUAUUACCCCUUAAGGAUGUAGGGGAAGCUAAGAAUAUGUUGCCUGAAAGAGAAAUUGUUAAGGAGAUGAAGGUGACUGGAUUCUAUUAUGUAUUAAUGGUACAAAAGGAGGAAGGAGGAGGGAUACCAAUACCUGCUGAAGUAGCAAAGGUACUAGAAGAAUAUAGUGAUGUUAUACCAGAUUAUCUACCUGAUGGUCUUCCACCGAAGAGAGAUAUUCAACAUCUUAUUGAUCUAAUUUUGGGAGAAUCUUUACCUAAUCAGGAAGCAUAUACGAUGAGCCCUACAUAG